UGCUCAUCCUAGACUGUUCCUAAUAGCAACUUGAAAGAACCAAGAUGAAGCCAAGAUGAAGGUCCAAUCUUCUUCGCACUGUUGUCUAAGGAACUAGUGGACAUCCUGGUUACUCAGGACCUCAGGCUGGCUGUCCAGUCCCACCAGCCAUCUAUGCUGAUGAAGACCCAGCCUUCUUUAUUACCCAAAGUCAGCCAGAAUCUCACCAGCCAGGUGGACCUGCUGUGACCCCAUGGAUUUCAGCUCCACCUAUUCUGAAGUGCCACCUGGAUUGGAAUAUUUAAUUCAUAUAGAUCACAUUCUGAUUCACCAGCAGUUCGAGUUUGUGGAAGCCAUUUUAGGUUUUGAAACAGCUAACAAAUACAAAAUUCAGAACCAACUUGGGCGGAAGGUUUACUACGCAGUAGAGGAGUCUAAUUUCUGCACACGCAAUUGCUGUGGGAAUUGCAGGAGUUUCUCCAUGAGGAUUCUUGAUAACUCAGGUCGCGAAGUUAUAAAUUUGAAUCGACCACUAAGAUGUAGGUCUUGUUUCUGCCCCUGCUGCCUCCAGAAGAUAGAAGUCCAAGCUCCUCCUGGUGUGCCAAUAGGUUAUGUUGUUCAGACCUGGCACCCAUGUCUUCCAACAUUUACAAUUCAAGAUGAGAAAAAACAGGCUGUUCUAAAAAUUGUUGGCCCAUGUAUCACGUGCAGCUUUGGAGGAAAUAUUGAUUUUGAGAUCAUGUCUCUUGACGAAAAAAAUGUGAUUGGUAGGAUUUCUAAGCAUUGGUCUGGUUUUCUGAAGGAGUUACUGACAGAUGUGGACAGUUUUGGGAUCCAGUUCCCACUAGACCUUGAUGUGAAGAUGAAGGCUGUCUUGCUCGGAGCAUGUUUCCUCAUUGACUUCAUGUUUUUUGAAAGCGGUAGAGGCCAGAGACCACAUCUACAAUUUUUUUACUGAAUCAAUGACUGUGUCCUUAGACAAUGUGAAGCCGGAACGUUAAGACUAAAAGAAAAGAUGGUUUUUUUUUUUUUGUUGAAGUCAUGCAUCUAUCCUUGAAUUAAACUAGGAUGUGCACAACUCCACUGUCAUAUGA